AUGACAACGAAAUUUUUGGAGGCGAAGCUCCAGGAACUGCAAUGUAUAUUGGAUGAAGCAUUGCUGCACGGCCCCGAGACGCACUCCCACAACUCCAUCUCUAGCAACAUCAAAAAGAAACUCAGUUUCAUUCGCAACUUUGUAUCUGCUGAAGUUUCUUCUCAUCCAUCCUUACCCCAUAACUUGCACCACAUUUCAGAGUGGUUGUACAAAUUGGAGAGGGAUUUUGACAGCGAUGGUGGGAAGGCACUUGAUGAAACUGGUUUGGUUGUUUCUGAAGAGCCAGAAAAGGUUUGUCUUGAUUCUAAUUGUGAGGAGGGUGUGGUGGAAUAUAGCGGUGCUGUGGCUGCGGCAACUGGGUGUGUUGAGGAAGACAAAGAGACGGGAAAUGGAUUUGAUAAUUUGGCAUCUUCCGAUUAUGAAGACGCAGAGGACGUUUUUGAAGACUUUACAGGAGACAAGGAGGUUGUGGGAUUUGUGGGUGAUUUACUAACAAAAAGUGAAGGGGAGGGUAAUGAUUUAGAAGGAGAAGGGAGAAGAGAGAUUACAUUUGGGGAGAGAUUUCGUGCAAUGGCUGGUGGGGUUGUUAUUGGGAUGAUACUAAUGGCCUUUAUCAUCAUGCUAAAUACUUCUGAUUGCUUUCAUUACGUAGAAGAACUAAGUUUUGCGGUUCCAACUUAG